AUUUCCCUGAGGAGAGAGGGAGUGGAUUUGUUGAUAAGGACGCUCUUGUACUGCAUGUUUCACCACCCAACCAGUGUUUUAGCUUUGAACUCAUCUAGAUCUCAGUCCAGCACAGCAGAAAUAGAGAGGAGGAGAAGAAACAGUUCUUUGCCAUGAGUCGUUACAGCUUCUCCAACCUUCUGGACUGGAUGUAUGGUGGAGUGGACCCAAGCUUUGAAGGUAACGGGGGUUCCGAGUGCGCUGCCUUUCUCCCAUGGCAACAGCGUCUUUUGGAGAGCCUGAUUUUUCUAAGUGUGGGAGUUCUGGAAAUCGUGAUCUCACUGCAAAGGAUUAAACGAUUCCAUUCCAAGGAAGUGGGAAAUCUGCUGGCUCAGUCUCGGAACAAGGAGGAAAGCUUGGGGAAAAACCUCUUGCUGGUGUCCCUUUGCCUCACUUUUGGAUUGGAACUGGGGUUCAAGUUUGCUUCCAAGACUGUCAUCUACUUGAUGAAUCCCUGCCAUGUGGUCACUAUGUUGCAGAUUUUUCUGCUUGCCUGUCCACCCUGCCAGCUUGCACUGAUUGUCUUCAGGUUGCAGAUGCAUAUGUUAAAUGGGGCACUCUUGGCAUUGCUGUUUCCUGUAGUUAACACACGACUGCUACCUUUUGAAUUAGAGGUUUAUUACAUCCAGCAUGUCAUGCUGUACAUCGUCCCUAUCUACCUACUACGGAAAAGAGGUAUCUACACUCCUGAGCCGCCUUGCAAUUUCUGGUGGGCUCUGCUGUCCACUGGACUGAUGUUUGUCUAUCACUUCAGCAUUUUACAAAUUCUGGGACUGGUCACAGAAGUGAACUUGAACAACAUGCUGUGCCCUGCCAUCUCGGAUCCUUUCUAUGGCCCCUGGUAUAGAAUCUGGGCAUCCGGCCACCAGACAAUCAUGACUAUGAUUCAUGGGAAACUCAUAACCAUUGUCUUUUACGGUGCUGUUCCUGUCCUUAAGUUCUCUGUGGAUUUACUUCGACUUCCAGCGAAGAAAAUGUAUUGACUCUUCUCCAU